UUCUACGCCCAUUUCAGCUCCUUUCCCCUACGCCACCGGACAUGGUAAAUCUCAUCACCGUACAUAAAAUUCCAACUAAUAAAUUAUUAUUGGGUUAAACCCCACUUCUAUUUUGAACCGGUCUUCAACGUGUACUUUUCUGCAAAUUUUCCCAAACAGCGAGGUCCUCAUCUGCCCAGAAAAAUAAAACAAAAAGACCCCACAACGAAACCGCACUCCCCUACCUCGACCUGCAGAGCAGAGCAACCUCCACCCAUUCCCAUGGCCGCCGACGACCCUUACCGCGUUUUCCGAACCCUAGUCGAGACCGCCGACAGAAAAUUCUCAAAAACCCAGUCCCUCCCCCCUCACGCCCGCGGGCCCCACCACCUCCUCUACCUCAAAAAGACCUUCAAGUCCUACACCAAGCUCUGGCGGUUCCAGCAGGACCACCGCCGCGACCUCGUAUCCUCCGGCCUCCGGCGAUGGGAGAUCGGCGAGAUCGCUUCCAGGAUCGGCCAGCUGUACUACAACCAGUACCUGAGGACGAGCGAGGCUAGGUUUUUGGUGGAGGCUUAUGUGUUCUACGAGGCGAUUUUGAGCCGGGGGUAUUUUGAGGCGAAGACGAAGGGGGAGGUUGAGCUAGGGCUGAGGUGUAAGGAGUUGAGGUUCCAUGCUAGGUUUCUUCUCGUGGCGAUGCUUUUGAAUCGGAAGGAGGUGGUUAAGGGUUUGGUUGAGAGGUUGAGGGUUUUGAUUGAUGAUUGCAGGGUCUCCUUUCCGGGAACAAACUUUAAAGAAUGGAAACAAGUGCUACAGGAAAUUGUCAGGUUUCUAAAACUUGAUGCAUCUUUUUUAAAUACUAGGCCUUUGAGAUACAAUGUGUUGUUUGAUUCCCAUCCAUCAUCCAUUCCAUAUAUCAAACGCUUUCAUGCACGGAGGGCAUUGAGGUUGCAGGACGCUUUGUUGACAAGCUAUCACAGAAAUGAGGUCAAAUUCACUGAGCUAACUCUGGACACUUACAGAAUGAUGCAAUGCUUGGAAUGGGAACCAAGUGGAUCCUUCUACGAAAUGCCCAAAAUGGAACCUAGAGAAAAUGGUGCUAUUAGUGAUAAUAGUGCUGCUUCUGGACUGAUAGAUAUAAACCUUGCUGCCGAUAUGAUUGAUUCUUCUUUGCCCGCAAAUCCUCGCAAAUCUAUUCUGUAUCAUCCUUAUGUCCUGCAUUUGAUUGCGGUCCUGGGAACUAUUAUUGAAGAGCUCUCCUCAGAUAGCAUUUUGCUGAUAUAUAUAUCGGCCACAGGAAACUCCGACCAGAAUAUUGGUUUUCAACGAGACACUUAUAGCACUUCAUUGAAUGCCUCAAAGCUACACCCUGCAUCACGAGGCCGUCAUAAAUGGGAUGACUCACCUCCCAAAGACCCUGCUCGUGAUAUGCGUGAUUCAAAUCAGGGCUCUGGAAGUUAUUUAUGUCUAGGUUCUCGAGGAAGUGGAGGCCUAAAUAAUUUGUACCCUGAAGAUUUAAUUCCAUUUACACGAAGGCCACUUUUCGUUAUUAUUGACAGCGACAAUAGCCAAGCAUUCAAGGUACUGCAUGGCGCAGAAAGGGGAGAAACAGCUGCCUUGCUUCUUUCACCUGAGAGACCAUCAUCAAUUUCUCCUUCUGAUUUAUCACCCAAUGGAAGCCAGUUUACAUUUUUUCUAACUGCUCCUUUACUAGCUUUUUGUCAACUACUUGGACUUUCAUCUAAUGUCAGCGCUGAUGCAUAUAACAAUGCUGAGACGAUAGUUUCAUCCGCCAUAGCUGAGUGGGAAGUGGCACUCUGUACAUCAAACUGUCUAGAUCCUGUCUGGGCUCAAAUUCUUCCAGAUCCAUUUCUACGUCGGCUAAUUGUUAGGUUUAUCUUCUGUAGAGCUGUGCUUUCCCUCUUCUAUUAUCCAGAAAAGGAUGGCCGGUCUCUACCUGAAUGCCUUCCAAGCCUCCCAGACGCAGUUUCUCCAAACUCUGCAUCAACGCAAUCAUAUAUUCUUCGGCUUGCAGAGAGCCUAGGAGUCAGUAGCCACUUUCAUUUACCCGAAGAUAAUGGAGUUUCAUCAAGUCAUAGUAGAUGAUUCAGAUGCUAAGACUUCUUUCCAUCUGUAGAUAUAACCACGGUAAUUAUAUCCAUAUAUUUGUUGAUUGAUUUGUAUCCACACGCACAGCAUCACAAAGGCUUCGGAAGGUCAGUCUGAUGUAUAAAUCCUUUUCUUGUUAAGAUAGCAUUUGGCAGACCUUAUGUAUUCUGGGUAUUUAGGGGUUUUUUUUUUUUUAACUUUUCCUUUUUAUCCUGAUGAGUGUCUAUAUAUGUGCAUUGUCGGAUUUGGCUAUUUGUCAGCAAAAUGUAGUGAACAGAGUGACGAGGGAUUCCCCCCCUUACUCUCCAUGAGGAAAGGCUUUUAUGUAACAAAUCUUGGUUUUUUUAUGUGUUAUUGUCCGUUGUUUAUGUGGUUGUGAGAACCUCUAAUUUAAUUUGAGGACGUACGUGAUAACUGUAUUUUGCUUA